AACACAUUCGAGCACACACACAACACAAACAGUAUCGCGCGCGCUUGGUGCGCUUAGGGUUUAUUGUGACUAUUUCGUUAAAACAUUUUCAUUUUGUUGCAUGAAAAGUGAAUCUAUCAAGCAUUGGGGACGGUAAAAACCAUGAACAGUGCCGCGAAACGCCGCUCUGGUGCGGAUGGGGCAAACAAAGCCGCCGCACCGCAGCAAGCACCGGAACCGAUGGACGCCGACGCCGCCGAUGAUGAUGCGUUGAUGUCGGAAGAUGAGGAGGGGGGUACGCGUAUCGGCGGCAUCUACAUACCGCCACCAGUUCCCCCGUACUGUUCAACGGAAUGCAAAGGGCCACGCUUGAUCAUCGAGCGCAUCACGAACUACAACUUCAAGAGCUAUGCCGGGCACGUCAUGCUGGGACCGUUCCAUCAACGGUUUUCCUCCAUCAUUGGCCCGAACGGUAGUGGCAAAAGUAACGUAAUCGACUCGAUGCUGUUCGUGUUCGGCUACCGGGCCCAGAAGAUCCGUUCGAAGAAGCUCUCCGUGCUGAUGCACAACUCAGCGAAGCAUCCGAACACGAACAGCUGCACGGUCGGAGUGCACUUCAAGCAGAUCGUCGAUCGCGAGGAUGGUUCCUUCGAUGAGGUACCGAACAGUGCGUUCGUGGUCGCACGAACGGCAUUCCGGGACAACAGCUCCUACUACACGAUCGACAAUAAGCGGGUACAUUUCAAGGAGGUGUCGAAACUGCUCAAACAGCACGGCAUCGAUCUCGACCACAAUCGGUUCCUCAUCCUGCAGGGUGAGGUAGAGUCGAUUGCCAUGAUGAAGUCGAAGGCACAGACGGAGAACGAUUGCGGGCUGCUGGAAUACCUGGAGGACAUUGUCGGUACGACGCGGUACAAGGUGCCGCUGCUGAAAAUAAACGAGCGAGUCGAUGCGCUGAACGAAGAGCGCACGGAGAAGCACAACCGGUGCAAGUUGGCCGAGCGCGAAAUGAAGGACCUCGAGAAGCCGAAGACGGAAGCGGUCGAGUAUUUGAAGCAGGAAAACACGCUGACGCGCACACGCAACCAGCAGAUUCAAAAGUAUCUGUGCGAGCAGAAGCGCAAGAUCGGUGAGUUCGAGGUGGAGCGGGACCAGGCGGCCGGAAUACUUGCCAAGCACGAUGAAACGUAUGACGCGCUGAAGGCGGAGCGCAUCGAGAAGGAGAAGCUGGUGAAAGAGGAAAUCAAGCAGUACGAUGAGCUGGUAAGCGCGAAGGAAAGCAAAGAGUCGACGCUGAAAAACUCGCUCGACAAGUUUGCCAAGGUGCAGGCCAACAUGCGGGCGACAAACGAGCGGCGCAAGAAAACCUUGGAGCAGAUUGCGGCGGAGGAGAAGCGGCUUUUGGAGCUGCAGGACGUGCCGAAGAAAAAUAAGAAGGAAAUUGAGGAAUCGGAAGCUAAGAUAGAAUCUCUUACGCGUCAAAAGACCGAAGUGGAGGCGAAGCUGACCGCAAACCUGGCCACACUGAAGGACGAAACGAAGGUACUGCUGGAGGAGAAGGAAAAACUGCAGACCGAGCUGAUCGAGCUAAAGCGUGCGGUCGAUGAGAGCAAGUCCGCCCUGUCGAUCGCCGAAUCGGAGCUGAAGAUCUGCCAGCACGAUGAAGUGACGGAACGGCGCAAGCUCGAAUCGCUGCGCUACUCGUACGAAGAGACGGAGAAGGAUCUGGAAGAGAAGCGUGCCCGUCUGCAGACGCUCGAGGAAGCGCUGCCCGUGACGCGCACCGAGCUAGAAACGGCCAAACAGAAGCUCCAGGAAAACACCAACGAGGAGAGGGAACUAACACAAACACUGCGAGCGGUGCAGGGCAAGCUGCAGGAAUCGAUGGCCGCAAUGCAGUCGACACGGUCGCAGGGUAAGGUGCUGGAUGCGCUGAUGCGCCAGAAGAACGAAGGACGCAUCCCGGGCAUCCUAGGGCGGUUGGGAAACCUGGGUGGAAUCGACGCCCGGUACGACGUUGCCAUCUCGACGUGCUGCGGUACGCUGGAUCACAUCGUAGUGGAAACCAUCGACACGGCCAAGGCGUGCAUCGAGUUCCUGAAGCAACACGACAUUGGUCGGGCAUCGUUCAUUGCACUGGAGAAAAUACAACAGUACGAGCGGAAUUGUCACACCCGAAUCCAGACACCCGAAAAUGUGCCCCGUCUGUUUGAUCUGAUUCGCGUUGAAGAUCAACGUGUACUGCCCGCGUUCUACUUUGCGCUGCGCGACACACUGGUGGCCGAAAAUCUCGACCAGGGACAGCGAAUUGCGUACGGACGGCAACGAUUCCGCGUGGUCACGAUCGGCGGUGACGUAAUAGAAACGUCCGGUACCAUGUCCGGUGGUGGCCGUUCCCAGCAGCGUGGACGCAUGGGCACCUCGGUACAGACGAAGACGUCCGCCAGUGAACCGGCCGGUGCAUCGAGCCGCGAGAUCGAGCAGAUGCAGAUCCGGGCGCAGGAAAUCCAAACGCAGAUCAACUAUCUGCAGGAGCAGCAGGGCGAGCUGGAAGCUACCAUUCAGCGGCUGACGGCAAAGCUCAAGCAGCAGGAAAUGGAGCUGAAGCGAAUGCACAUGGAUGUGGCGAGCCUGACGCAGCAGAUGCCACGGCUGAAGGAGCAGGUCGACUGGCAGGCGGAGCGUGUCGCCCGCACCCACUCGGAUCCGGAAAAGGUGCGCGCUUUGGAGGCGAAGGUAGCGGAAUGCAAGCAAGCGUUCGACAGCUCGUCCACCAAGGCGGACGCGAUGCAGAAAAACGUCGACCGGUACACGGAGCAGAUCAACGAAAUCACCAACAGCAAGGUGAAGGUGCUGCAGACGAAGAUAAACGGUCUCGGCAAGCAGAUCGACAAACUGUCCGCCAACAUAUCGAAGCUGACCGUGGAGAUCAAAACGUCCGAGCGCAAUGUGCAAAAAUCGAAGGACAAAAUCAACAGCAUGGAGGACGAGGUGGAGGCAGCCCAGUCCGCGAUCCGUAAGGGCAACGAUGAGCGUACCCAGCUGGAGGAGGAAGCAAACAAGCUGCGCGAAGAGCUGGAGGAGAUGAAGCUGGCCAUCGAAAAAGCGCACGAAGGUUCGUCCAGCAUCAAGAAGGAAAUUGUGGCGCUGCAAAAGCGCGAAGCGGAGGGCAAAAUGAAGCGGCUCGAGUUCGAGCAGAUUCUGCAAACGAUCGAAACGAAGCUGCAGGAAACGAAGGACACACUGCCGCACUGGCGGGACAAGCUCAAGCCGCUCAAGCUGCACGAAAUCCCGGAAGAACCACCGCAAGAGCCGCUGAAAGAGUACACCGAGGAAGAGCUGGACAGUUACAAGCUGCCCGACCUGCAGUACCAGAUCUCCAUCCUGGAGGAAAAGCUGAACGCGAACAAGCCAAACCUCUCCGUGAUCGAUGAGUUCCUGAAGAAGCGGGAAGCGUAUCUGAUGCGUGUCGCCGUGCUGGAAGAAAUCACCGCCAAGCGUAACGAGAUGCGCCAGCUGUACGACGAUGUGCGCAAGAAGCGGUUCACCGAGUUUAUGCGCGGCUUUCACAUCAUCACCAAGAAGCUGAAGGAAAUGUACCAGAUGAUAACGCUCGGCGGCGAUGCCGAGCUGGAGCUGGUCGAUUCGAUGGACCCGUUCAACGAGGGCAUCGUGUUCAGCGUACGGCCUCCGAAAAAGUCGUGGAAAAUGAUUUCCAACCUUUCCGGGGGCGAGAAAACGCUUUCCUCGCUGGCGCUCGUGUUUGCGCUGCACUACUACAAACCGUCGCCACUGUACGUGAUGGAUGAGAUCGACGCGGCGCUAGACUUUAAAAACGUAUCAAUCGUUGCGCACUACAUUAAGGAACGUACCAAGAACGCACAGUUUAUAAUCAUUUCGCUGCGUUCCAACAUGUUUGAGCUGUCGGACUAUCUGGUGGGCAUUUAUAAGGUGAAGGAUUGUACCGACUCCGUCACGAUCAAGAACGAUCCCAUGAAGACGUCGGGUUCGACGCAGCAGCAACAGCAAAUGGAAAGACAGCAGUUCGGUUUCGGCAACAAUGAUAAUCUGCCGGGUGUGGAAGAAGUAGCGGCUGAAUUAGAAAAUCCGACCGAAGCUGAAGUAGCGGCGAAUGUAGAAAAUCAGAGGGAAGAUGAAGUAGCCGCGAAUGUAGAAAAUCCGAAGGAAGCUGAAGUAGCAGCGAAUGUGGAAAAUCAGAACGAAGACGAAGUACAACCGAUGGAAGUGGAAGAGGAGAGAGAUGAGGGAGUAGCAGCAGAUGAUCCAGAAUGAGUUGUGUGAGAAACAUUAGCUAUAGUACCUACAUUUAUCUAUUUUCCAUUAGAUAAGUUUAACACCACUGUACACAAUAAAACUGUUUUAAUGUAUUCGUUAAA